GUACCACCACCAUCUCCCGUGUGACUCACUCACCGCCAGGCACAUCCAAGACGCUCCAGUCUGGCCUCCGGACUGCAACGAGCGACUUGUCUGUCUCUUGACAUUUCAUGCUGACCGUUCUCGAACGUCCUUGGAGCCGCCGGCUUGGUGUUAUCUCUACUCCCGCCCCCGAAGUUCGAACGUUACAUAACGUUCGUCAACUGUGUAUCGCACCAUCCGGGAAUCGAAUGAAGUGACCUAUGCAUCUGACCAACCGCCCCGACGACUCCGCGACUACGCACCAUACUUUGCACUCAGGCUCGCUGCUCAUCAUGUGGUCACUGGUGAGGACGAUUGAAAAGAACACAGUUGACCGCUAUCUAGCAGAGCGUCCGCCUUGUCUGUCGCCCUAACCUCGCUCAAAUUUAUACACGAUGCCCGUCCCCACACCCGAACUCGGCUCCUUCAACUUCGUUCCCGAGACGAAGGAAACCCUAGACUGGGCGGACCUUGUCACGCUUGACUUCAGCCUCCUGGCUACGCCCGAGGGCAAGAAGGAGCUUGCUCAGACCCUCCUGAAGGCCGUGCGAGAGGACGGGUUCUUCUAUGUGAAGAACUUCAACAUCGCCCAGGAGCGUGUGAACCGCCAGUUCUCACUCGGCAAGCGGUUCUACGAGCUCCCCCAAGAGGAGAAGCUCAAAUACGUUCCGGAGGGCUUGGACCAGGGCAAGUUCAACGGCUACGUGCCUUUUGGACGCUACGUUCUUGACCCGGUCUCCGGAAUCAAGGACCGCACGGAGAUCUACAACAUCCCCAAGUUCGAUGGUUUCUUCAAGCACAAUCAUCCCCAGAUCGUGCAGGACUUCCUCCCUGAGAUCGAGGAGUUCUCCAAGUCUCUCCACACCGAGGUUCUGGACCACCUCCAUGUCCUGCUCGCCGUCGCGCUCGAGCUCCCCGAGGACUACUUCCUCAACCUUCACAAGUACGAGAAGAAGAGCGAAGAUCACCUCCGUUACAUGAAGUACACGAAGUUCACGCCCGAGGAGAACCUCAAGAUCGGCAGGACCUGGGUCAAUGGCCACACUGAUCUCGGCUCGUGGACGCUGCUGUUCCGUCAGCCCGUCGCUGCGCUCCAGAUCAAGAACCACACGACCAGCGAGUGGAAGUGGGUCAAGCCGCAGGACGCUACGAUCACCGUCAACGCAUGCGACGCGCUCUCGUUCUUGACUGGCGGCUACGUCAAGAGCACGAUACACAGGGUGGCAUCUCCCCCGAAGGAUCAAGAGCACGUCGACCGUCUCGGCCUUCUGUACUUCUCGCGCCCGAACAACGACGUCGUCCUCUCGACCGUCAAGGAGUCGCCCGUUCUCCAGCGCGCGGACAGCACGCAGAACGACUUCGAGAAGAGCAGCAACCACGUCCCGACGAUGGAGGAGUGGACGUUCGCGAAGCAGAAGUGGCAGCGCACCUAUGGCGCCGUGCGCGGGGACCCGAAGCACCAGACGGCGCAGAUCCUGCCGGGGUGGAAUGAGAAGGUGUACGAUCCGGUGUCGCUGCCGGUGCAGGCCGCGGCAUGAGGGGGACUUUGUACGGUGAAGUGAUAUCGCAGUCAGAAAGGAUGUAUCGAUGCAAGGGAAUUGACGUAUGUAUUAUGCAGCAGUGGAGGCUCCUUCCCGCUAUUGGGUUUGUGAGAAUGUAUUUGCGUACAGCGCGCAACGUCACGCUUGUCACAAAGUGACCGACGCGCCCGUGUCUGUUCGCGCAAGUCGCGUGACCGUGUCAGC